AGCUGGGAUGAGUAAGAAUAUUCUAUUUACACCUGAAUUUGGGAACACGCUUCUGUAUGUAACAUUUCCAAUCCAAAAGAUGCCCUCUGAGGGCAGCUUUGCUUAUUCUUUAUUUCUGAAAGAGGUGAGUUAAGUUGGGAGUAAGGAACUGAAUGAAUUCUACAUUCUUUUAUAUUUAUGAGUUUUCUUUGUAUUAAAAUUUACAAUAUUAAAUAUAGCUUUGCAGCUCUUAAGCUAGGAGCUGUGCUGUGCUAAAUGUAUCAUUCUAGAGUCUGUGAAGGACUUAUUGUGUAAAAGAUUGCAAGAGAAUAACAACUUUGUUAUAUUUUUACUUUUGAAAUUCUUCUCAGUUCUCAUGAAUGUAGACAGCUUAUUCUUGGAUCUUAACUACUUCAUAGACAGCUUCCUGAAUUCAGUUAUUGUUUUUCCUGACAAUUUUAAGGAGUGUGUUUGUUUGGAGGUGGAACGGAGGACAGAGAAUGUUUUUUCAGAUAUACUCAAGUUUUACAAUAUUUCUUUUAGAAGUACUCUAGCAGCACUUUUGGUUGUGAAUCCUAUGCUGUAACCAGAAAGGCCUCCCAGUACUGAUUGUCCUUGGCAAUUUCACUUGCUGCAGUUUCCUCAUCUCACAUUAAGCUUAUGUCAUGUUCCACGAUGUGAUGUAUACUGGGGGGUCAUUCCAUUAAUAGUUCAUAUAUACAUGGUAACGUCCUUUGUGAGUUCAGGGCUUGUACCACUUCACGGUGCUGUUGUUGGGGCAGAAAAGAAGGCUGGGUUCUGUUGCUCCUGGUGUUGAGCCCACUGUAUAAGAACAUUGCUGCAGAGAUCUGUAUGUGAUUGCACGAUGGAGAAAGAAUUACACAAAGCGGACUAGAUGUUCUAUUCUCCUAAGCAGGAUUUACAGGAUUUAAGCAAAUCUGCUGGAAUUCCUUGAUCUUAUUCAUGCACCUUAUAGCUUGAGUGUUUUACCAGUACUGUGUGUGAUUGCUGUUAACUACCUUUCUUCUUAGGCUUUCACUGAAGAUCUUUUAUGGAGGAAGCACUGAUUUUUCUACAUUUUCCUGAACUUCAGACCUCAAUGUAUCUACUUAAGGAAAUGAAAGGGGCAUCCCUCUCCCUCAAAGCGGCAAGCACCCAGCUCUCCGGGAAACUGAGCUGGAGAGUGAGAAGAGGAGGCAGCAGCUGAGCCCAGCAGCAGGAUGAGACUGUGAAGCUUGAAGCUGCUGCCCACUUUGUCCAGGAAGGAUGAAGAUCCCCAGAGUACUUAGGCUGUUGGUAGAGCUCUCGAGUCUGUUGCCAUGUCUCAGAUGCAGGGAGGCUCUCCUGGGAUCCCAGCCCAGCCAAAACCAUUUGCAGAGUGCAGCAUCCAGUGGGUGUGGCAUUGGACCUCUUGGGUACUACAAUGGCUCGUUGGCUGUCACUGAGGCUGGGGCAGAGUGCCUGAACUGGGCAGAGUUCCCUGAUUAUGUCCAGCAGUACCCAGACCGUGGCUUAGGGAACCACAACCACUGCAGAAACCCAGAUGGGGGAACUACACCCUGGUGCUUCUUCCGGCUUCCAUCAGGGGCCAUCAGCUGGGCUAACUGUGACUGUAACCAAGGUGCUGUGCGGUUGGCUGAAGAUAGCAGUGUGGAGCUGUACUUUGGUGGACUCUGGGGUACCAUCUGUGCUGACCUCUGGACUGACUGGGAUGCCAGUGUUGUCUGCAGGCAGCUAGGUCUCAGUGAGAUUGGCACAGCUGGAAAGAAGAAUCGUCCUGGACUGUGGCCUAUUCCCCUGCACCUGCAGUCAGCAAACUGCCAUGGGGAUGAGAAAACCCUCUUGCAGUGUGGCUAUCAGGAAGCUGUGUCAGGAACUUGUAACCAGGGAAGCGCCAUGGUAACAUGUGUCCCUCCAGAAGGUGUAGGUGCUCCAUUGCGUUUAGUUGGGGGAAAGGAGAGCUUUGAAGGACGGGUGGAGGUUUACCACGAUGGCAAGUGGGGUACCAUCUGUGAUGACCAAUGGGAUGACCGUGAUGCUGAAGUAGUUUGUAGGCAGCUGGGACUCAGUGGGAACCCGAAAGCCUUGUCAUGGGCUCACUAUGGUCAGGGAUCUGGCCCCAUCCUGCUAGAUGAAGUGGAGUGUUCAGGCAAUGAACUGUCACUUGACCAAUGCAAGAAGAGUGAUUGGGGACAACAAAACUGUGACCAUAUUGAAGAUGCUGGUGUCUCCUGUGACCCUUUCACAGAGGGCACUGUAAGGCUGACUGGUGGUCGCAGCCCCAGCGAAGGCAGGGUAGAAGUUUAUUACAAUGGAGACUGGGGCACAGUAUGUGAUGAUGGCUGGACAGAUCUCAGUGCCCAGGUGGUCUGCAGGCAGCUGGGCUUCAGUGGGCCUGCUACCCUGGCCUCUGAAGCGGACUAUGCUGCUGGCCAAGGCUUUAUCUUGCUGGAUGAUGUGGCUUGUGUGGGCACAGAACUCUCCCUCCUGGACUGUCCUCAUAGCAACUGGGGGCAGCAUGACUGCUCACAUGCUGAGGAUGUGGGAGUCCACUGUUCCCCUGAGAGCAACACAGUCACUGGCAGCCUGGGACCUCCUGUGCGGCUGGUGGAUGGAGAAAGCACCAAGGAGGGACGGGUUGAAGUAUUCCUGAAUGGACAGUGGGGCAGCAUCUGUGAUGAUGGCUGGACAGAUAGAGAUGCUACAGUAGUUUGCAGGCAACUGGGGUUCAGUGGUGCAGCAAAAGCCAGGGCAAUGGCUUAUUUUGGUGAAGGCCAAGGGCCCAUCCAUCUGGAUAGUAUAGAGUGUAGAGGCACAGAGCACGCCCUGGGGCAAUGUGUCAGGCCUGAUACUGGGAUUCACAGUUGCUGGCACAGUGAAGAUGCUGGUGUGAUUUGUGACUAUGUGGAAGAGAAGGUUCAAGAUAUCAGGAGAACAGGUCCAGAGUCCAGUGUGUGUGGCAUGCGCCUGCUUCACCGUCGCAAGAAAAGGAUCAUAGGUGGAAACAAGUCUCUCAGAGGUGGUUGGCCAUGGCAGGCCUCACUAAGGUUGAAGGGUUUCCAGAGAGAUACCCGUCUGCUCUGUGGGGCAACACUGAUCAGCAGUUGUUGGGUAGUGACUGCAGCCCACUGCUUCAAAAGGUUUGGAGUUGAUGUGCGCCGCUACCUGCUGCGGGUAGGUGACUACCACACAGGUGUGAAGGAUGAGUUUGAGAGAGAGCUGCCUGUGGAGCGGAUUGUCCUCCACAGGAACUACUGGGCUGGCAGCAAUGAUAAUGACAUUGCCCUGGUCCGAAUGCGAGGCAGAGAGGGGCACUGUCUCUCCUUCAAUAGCCACGUUCUGCCUAUCUGCCUUCCUGAUAAGAAAGAGAAGUCUGACAUAAACAGGCAAGCCUGCAUCAUCUCUGGCUGGGGAGACACAGGAAAGUCUUAUUCAAGAACACUACUGCAGGGGGUGGUGCCUCUUCUGCCAAGGGAAGACUGUGAGGUCCGUUAUGGGCAGAAGUUCACGAACCGCAUGAUUUGUGCUGGGAACCUCUCUGAAGACAAACGAGUGGACAGCUGCCAGGGUGACAGUGGAGGGCCACUCAUGUGUCAGAAGUCAAAUGGACGCUGGAUCAUUUUGGGAAUCACUUCCUGGGGUUAUGGUUGUGGUCGGAAGGAUUCCCCUGGUGUGUACACAAAGGUCAGCAGAUAUGUAUCCUGGAUCAAGAAAGUGACCAAGCUAAAAUAAAAAUGUCUGAGCCCCAGGAACUUCAACGUAUUGUCCUUCUCCCUGCAACAGCUGAAGGCUGUGGCUUCUGGCCUGUGACUGGUGGAAAUGUAUGUUGUCAUUUGGACACUGAGAACAUAAUUUAACAUAGAACUGGGAGAAAAACAGCUAUGGUUGAUGUUUUGGUCUCACUUUAGUUCUUCAUCUCUGAGCAGACAAAGCAAGUGCACACUGGUAGGACAAAUUAGCCUGUGUUGCUCUGACUGUUUGAGUCCUGUAAUGCGAUCAAUGCUUAUUCCUUUGGCCCAACACACAGAAAUGGUAGAAAUGAAGAUAUGCCUGUCUCUGUAAAUCUGUUCACCAGUUUUUGUAUGUUCACACACUUGAAAAACACUGCAAAGAGAGGUGAGAUACUUGGAAGUUGCUGCCAAGCUCUGGCAUACUUUUUCAUAACAUGUCUCUCUUCCAUUCCAGAAAUGAGAAGAUUUGACCUGAGCUGAGGAGCAGGCUAACAAUUGGCCUUUUUCUUUCCCCUGUUAUGUCUCUAGGGGGAACCUUUUCUCUUCCAAAUAUUAGAUUCUAAAAAGUCUGUCCCUGCUAAGAGGUGCUUGUCCCUCCAGCUGUAACCCUUGUGCCACACAUUUCUGGUCAGAUGCUACGGUUUUAUUGCUGCUUUCUCAAAAUUGUGGUUCUUCUGUGGUUUGUUUUUUGUUUCUCCAUAAAGCAGCGUCUCCUGGAAUCAA